UCUUGCUCUCCACUAGACCAUUCCCACUCGUCGCCCACCCUGGCCUCGUUGACACCACUCCGAAGCAUCGCCUCGUUGCGUACCACUUCGCUCCACCUCAACUUGUCGAAGCUGUCUUCCCAACCCAUCGCUAGCACGACUGCAGCAAGCCGUCGUCUUUCUCAAGCUGCUUUGCACCUCUCAUCGCCUGCGCAUUCCUCCUCUGCAUCCCUUCACACUUCUGCUCCUCGCAAUAUGCCUCCCAUCCAGAAGCCAUCUGAUCACUACGAUCUCGUCGUCAUCGGCGGAGGGUCAGGCGCAAUGGGCAUGAGUCGUCGUGCCGCCAGCUACGGCACCAAAGUCGCAGUCAUCGAAGAGGAUGGCCGCCUGGGUGGUACUUGCGUCAAUGUAGGCUGUGUGCCCAAGAAGCUCAUGUGGCACGCAGCAGACGUGGCAGAGUCCCUUGACCAUGCCUCCGACUACGGCUUCCCCGGCGUCAAGCGUCCGGCAUUCGACUGGCGCACUUUCGCCAAGAAGCGUGACGACUACGUGAAAAUGCUCAACGGCGUCUACGACCGUAAUUUGGCAAAGGACGGCGUCGACUACAUCAGCGGGCGUGGCGCGCUGACUGGACCAAAGAGCGUCGAGGUGGCGAUGCGCGAUCAGGAUGGCAAGUUCGAGGGAGAGAAGAAGACGAUCACUGCAGACCACAUUUGCAUCGCUGUAGGUGGUCGCCCCGUCAUCCCUUCAGACAAGGACGUCCCAGGCGCUUCCCUCGGGAUUGACUCGGACGGCUUCUUCGCUCUCAAGGAGCAACCCAAGCGUGUGGCCGUAGUAGGCGCAGGUUACAUUGCCGUCGAGUUGGCGGGCGUCUUCAAUACGCUGGGAACGGAGACGCAUCUCCUCAUUCGUCAUGACACUUUCCUCCGCUCCUUUGACCCCAUCAUCGCCGAGACGUUGCAGGAGCACAUGGGCAAGACGGGGCUUAACGUGCAUAAGCGCACCAACAUCAAGAAGGUCGAGGGGCAAAAGGGUGGGCCACUCACCCUGCACUUGGACAGUGGCAAGACGCUCGAGGUCGACUGUCUCCUCUGGGCCGUGGGCAGGAGGCCGAACACCGACUACUUGGGCCUGGACAAGGCAGGCGUAAAGACGGAAGACAAGAGCGGCAACAUCGUUGUCGACGAGUACCAGCAAACCAACGUGCCCAACAUCACCUGCAUAGGUGACGUAGCAGGAAAGGCCCUACUCACGCCCGUCGCCAUCGCUGCAGGUCGUCGUCUCUCCAACCGUCUCUACGGUCCAGAGGGUCUUCGCGGCAAGGACAAGCUCUCCUACGACGACAUCCCCACUGUCGUCUUCUCCCACCCGACAUCCGGCACUGUAGGUCUCACCGAGCCCGAAGCCCGCGAAAAGUACGGCGACGACCAGAUCAAGGUCUACCAAUCCAAGUUCCGCGCCAUGUACUUUGGCAUGGUAGGCGAGGAUCACAAGGAGCCCACGGCGUACAAGUUGGUCUGCCAGGGCAAAGAAGAGAAGGUCGUGGGGGUGCACAUUGUAGGAAUGGGGAGUGACGAGAUCAUGCAAGGGUUUGGUGUGGCCGUCAAGAUGGGAGCGAGGAAGAAGGAUCUCGACGAUACCGUCGCUAUUCACCCGACGAGUGCAGAGGAGCUUGUUACGAUGCGUUGAGGAGCGUGCGCGGUGAGAAGAUCACGCGGUUGUGAGGGAUCGGAUCGAGUGUAGACGAGGGGCGUGCGUGUGGACCGAGUAGCGCGACUGUCUCAGGCAACUCUUGGCAAUGGGGAAUGCUGUAAAGGAUUGGUCUCAAAAGGCGUCGAGACGAAAUUCGAAGCUAGAAAGUACAUGGAAAAGAUGAGAGUGUCGUCGCGACGGGGCUGUACAUGCAUGCAAUGGUGUGGUCUUCUCGUGAUUGUUGCUGGGACAUUACGCUUCAUCUAGGUCCAUGCCCUCCUCCUCCUCGCCCUCCGUAGCGGUCAUGAAAUGCGAGUCCUGCGUUUGCUGGAAACUGCUGUCCCCCUCUUCAGUGUCUUGACUCUCCUCAAAGGUCUCAUCAGCGAAGUGCCGAGCAAGCAAGGCGCUUCCAUCUGCAUCCUCCUCU